AUGACUCGGAACUCGGACCUGGAGAAGAACAGUCACGCUGCGUACGCAGACCUCGAGUCUCCGGGAGACCCGAACCAGCACCUGCAGCACCUGACACCGGUUGGAAGCGUACCGUACUUGGUCAAGAGUCAAUUCGCCAAGGAGAUGAUGGCCGAGUUCCUCGCUACUUUUGUCGCCAUGCUCUUCGGUCUGUCGUGCAUGACUCAGGUGGUGCUGAGCAGCGAGGCCAGUGGUAAUUUCGUGACCAUCGCACUGUGUUGGGGUCUCGCCUUCUUCUUCGGUAUCACCGUCGGCGGCGGUGUCUCUGGUGCACACCUGAACCCGGCAGUAACCACAACACUGGCACUCCUCAAACUAUUGCCCUGGAAGAAGGUGCCGUUCUACAUCCUCAACCAGGUCGUCGCUGCGUACGUGGCUGCGCUCUUCGUGUACAUCCUGUACCGACCGAUGUUCAACGAGGUUGACCCGGACCGGAUGACCACGCACAUCAUCUUCGCGACGUUUCCGCACGAGAACGUUGGCAACUUCACGUGCUUCUUGACGGAGUUCGUGGCCACGGCACUGCUGAUCCUGGGCAUCCUUGCACUACUGGACCAGCACAACCGUCCUAUCGGCAAACACGCCGUACCGCCUGCUGUCGGAGCGUUGGUGAGCACCAUUGCGAUGGGGUUCGCCAUGAACACAGGUUUGGCUAUCAACCCGGCUCGGGAUCUGGGUCCCCGCCUCUUCAUGCUGUGUGCCGGUUGGGGCUCGCGCGUGUUCUCGCUCAACCACUAUUAUUUUUGGGUGCCAAUCGUGGCCCCAAUUAUGGGUGGAGCUGCUGGUGGGUUCGUGUACGAAGUACUGAUCGGCUACCACCACCCCGAGAAGAACCGUGGCCCGCAUCCGGAGUACCGAUUCUAG